GGAAGUACUCCCGUACUAUUCGGUUCUAUAAGUUGCUAAGUCUUGAAGAAUGACUUUUGUGUCUUUGUUCUUCGAUCCUGUUUGUGUGUUUCCAUUAUAGAGAAUAAUUCAUGCAGUGGCAAUCCAUUAUCUUCUUCUUCAUAAACAGAUUCAAUCAUUUUUCUUCCGAGAAAAGCUACAACUUAAAGUUUUAUCACUGCCGCUACCUAGACAGGACAACAAUUCUCCACAAUCAUCAUAAAUUGCAAGGUACGAAGUGGUAAACAAUUUUAACUGUCUUGGUUCCUCAAUUACCAACACUGGGAAAUGCGAAAACGAAAUAUGCCAUUAUGGCAAAACAAAUCUAUCAGGAAACUGUUUCUAGUCCCAAUUGCAACGUACGCAGCGGAAAUAUGGACGUUGAACAAAGCAGAUAAAAGAAAAAUAGAAACACGUACAAGGCUGCUAACCAGAAUAAACCGCAUGUAUCUGCAGUACAUGGGACAUAUAGCUAGAAGAUCAGGAACAAAGGAACAGUUAAUCAUCGAAGGAAAAGUAGAAGGCGAACGCCCAAGAAGCAGAUCUCCAACUAGAUGGGUAGACCAAGCAAAAGCCUUUCAAUUAAUUAAUAUGAGACUACAUCAAGCCGAAAAAAUUGCACAGGAUAGGCAAGGAAACGACUGCUGAAUCAAAUAUAAAUGGUGUCACUUCAUCCUUUGAAAGAUAAUGGAAAGAAGAGGAGGCGGACCUAGUCUAUAUUAAAAGCAAUCCCAAACAUGGUAUAUGUGCCCCCCAACGAGUUUUACAUCAGUUACUCAACAGUUUCACGCACUAAAUGCGACCUUGAACAAAAAUUUUCAAUUGCCAAAUUCAAAUUAAAUAAUGUGCAAUAUUAUCUCGAUUUCUACUGAUUGCGUUACUUUUUUCAUUUAAAAAAUUUGACUCAAAUUAAAAUUUAAUCUUUAUAGUGAGAGUCAAAAGUGCUACAGGUUAAUAUAUCAAAAACCUCCCUUUUCUAAGAGAACAAAUGCUUACUAUAAUCAUCAAUUUAUCUUUAAUUUGUGUACAAAAAAUUAAAAGUUUAAACCCAAACAGCCUCGAGUAGCAACCGUAUUAUAUGUAAAAUUGUUUACUUCCGACUCUAACAAUAACGUAAUUUAACGAGUAGGAGCUUGUGUGAAUUAGUCCAGCUCAUUUUCAAAAAUGUUCACAAAUAAGUCUUAUAUUCAGAUUAAAUGUACCAGUUGAAUAUAAUGUUUAGUGUAGUGAUAAAAACGUAGUGAACAACAGUAAGUGUAAAUGAUUUAUAUUAAAUAUUUUUAUCGGUAGAAUCUAUCUUAUGUACUUAAUUGUACGUGCCUUUUCGGUUUUUCGUGGAAUUCUUACGGAUGUUGCCAUAAUAACCAUAGUUUUACAAAAAGUCUUAAAAUCGCAAUAAAUCGCUCAGGAAAAGUUGAAAAAUUAGUAACACUAUCGGAUAUUCAGUGACUCUGAAAACGUAGUAAUGUUUUUGUUUUCAAAUAGAGAGCUAAAAUUCAUUGUAUAAUCGAUUAUUAUUUUUCACUUAUAACUUGCAGAUUACGGGCCGGUUUAUCAAUAUUAACCUACAGAUAAACUUCCAGUUAGGUUUUUAUUCUAUAUUUGUUCCACAAGUUUAGCAACUGACGGAUAAAGUAUGGUGGCAAAAGUGAUAAAUAAGAAUAACAGACUGUAAUUGAAUGUGUAUUUUUUCCAUGGGCCAAUAAACAUAUUGUACGUUUUGUUUAAACUCUGGUUCAUUCAUCAAUUAGUCAUAUCAUCAUUUUUAUUUUCAUAUGAUGGAUUUUGUUGAUUACUUAUUGGAUAAUGUUGACGAUAUUGAUUUCUUCAACACGAAAUAUAUAUAGUAAGGAAAAAAGUGUUUAAUCGAUCAGUUCUUUCAUUUUAUAUAAUAUUCUUCUGCCUGCCAGCAAUUUUCAAAAGUAAAUUCCUCUCAUCGAGAGUAAAAUUGCUGCCUCUCUUCUUGGUGUUGAUAUUUUCCAUUUCUUUAAAAUACAUUUCUCUCACAAGAAACCAGUAAAAACUGUCAAAGCUUACACAAACCGAAAACAAAUAUAUUUCACAAAAUAAUACAGUAGACUCCGGCAGGUAUCAGACUAGUAUUAGUGAAAACGCUGGAUUACUGGAAAAUGGCAGUAAAACACAAAAAAAGCACAAAAGAAAUCGAGUUUAAUUGUCUCUUUUUAAAAGUUUCUGUGAACAGAAACGUAAACAUAUCAAGACUUACAAUUCUGAUGAUCUAUUUCAUUGGAGUAAAGAAACUGUCAAAUUUAUUUUACAUCUUGGCUUGGAACGGCACUUCAACACAUUAUCUUGAAGCCUCUUUGAAACAAGAAAAUCAUCUGCGGAAACAUAAUUUUCUUUUGCUCAUUUUAUGAAAGUAGCAUCAUGGCUAACUAAAUCAACAGCAGACGUUACAUCUACUUCCUAUGAAAGUCUUUAAAACUUAUGACUUAUAGUGCUGUCACAAGAUCGUGAAGGAAUUUUUAUUACAAGGCCCUUUACAUUUUAUCUAAGAUUAUUUCUUCAAUUUUUUGUUUUUGGCCAUCAUAUGAAAGCUGCAUAGGUAUUGAUAGAUCGCCUAAUAGAUUUGUACAUCCAGUUUAAUAUUUUAGUCAUUAAGCCUCAUGUUCCUCCAACCAUUCUGCAACAGUUGUAUAAAUCGUGCCUCACUGCUGGUUGUUUCUCUGUUUCAUUCUGAAGGGUAGUUGUUUCUCCAAGUGAAAGUAAGUGGUAUUUAAGGGUUUUAGUGUCAAACCUUCAUUGACACACCAUCUCUAAGCGAUUGUUAGGUCGUCAUGUUCAUCCCGGACGAACUCGCCAAGUCAUCGUCGUUUUCUCAGACAGUUAAUCGACUACUAAUGGCCAUAGUAGUGGCGAUAGACAGUUGCCUUGUGGGUAUCCAUCUUCCGGCUUUGCAAUUAUUGGUUUAUCCCCAAGAUUGAAAUUGAUAACGCGACUAUCCAGAGUUGCCAUAAUCCUAGCAUUCUUGGCCGACCAAAAACCAGUAAUGGUGCACCACAAUGUACAAGAUACACUACUUGUAAUAGUAUACUACAGAUAGCAGGAAUUAUUUGAAAAAACUUUUAUUCAACAUUUUUCAACAAGUUAUGUCUUUUUUUUUAAAUUAUAUUCCUCUUUGAAAUUUCCGCCAAUAAUUGUUUGGACAAUUUAUAGCAAUUGGUAAAAAGUGAAUAAUGGAUUGUUUGAAAUCUAAAAUGAGACAAAGAAAUCCAAGGGAAUCCGCUAAUAUAUUUUCCCUGAUAACCUUUUGGUACACACUGGAUCUCGUAAAAAAGGGACGUAAAAAGGAUUUCGAAGAAAAAGAUCUCUACGAAGUAGUUAAAAGAUGCGAUUCGAAAUAUUGUGGAGAUAAAUUCGAAAAAAUAUGGAACGAAGAAAUAAAAAAAACGAAAUGUCCAUCUUUAUUCAAAACACUAUGCAAAGUAUACGGAUACAGAUAUUUGUUUUGGGGUGUUACACAACUAGUAUUUGAAUUAAUAAAAAGAUUAAUGGAACCAAGUGCUAUAGCGAAUUUAGUAUCAUACUUUCAGCCAGGUCAAACAAAACAUACCAAAUACGACGCCUAUAUCAGUAUAACAAUCUUACUAUGUUCAAAUUUUGCCCAAAGUAUCUACUUCUACAACUUCGAUCUAUUUUUAACACUCUUAAGCGUAGAAGCAAGAACUUCUAUUUGCUCUAUGUUAUUUCGAAAAGUGAUAAAGCUCAGUCCCGCGGCUUUGUCCAAAGCAAAUAUGGGUAACGUGGUUACGUUAAUUACCAAAGAUGUACAGGAAUUCAAAAGAAAUAUGUUCAUUUUUAAUGAUGUUUGGGUAUUUGGAACCGUUAGCAUCGUCGUCUGUUAUAUUCUAUACUCCAGAAUAGGUCCGAUUUCAUUAAUAGCAACUGGAAUUUACAUUAUUGUGAUACCGUUAGAAGCAUUACUUGGAAAAUUAGUGAAUAAAUUACGUAAAGAUACAUGUCAAAAAACCGAUGAAAGAAUACGAUUGACACAAGAAAUACUUUCAGCAACAAAAAUAGUCAAAAUACACUGUUGGGAAGACUUUUUUUAUAAAAAAAUUGAUUAUUUGAGAAAGAAGGAAAUAGCUAAAAUGCUCCUUAUUUUCUACAUAAGGAUGAUUCUCCUAUUCAUCGGUACCAUAGCUUCAAAAGCAGGUCUCUACGUACUAAUAAUGGCUUAUAUUUGGAUGGACCAACCACCAGACGCUUCUAUCGUUUUUUUCAUAACCGCUCAUUUCGAAACCCUCGAUUUAUCUUUCGGAUAUCUCGUUCCAGUAUAUAUUGGAAAGUAUUCACAAUUCACAGCUGCCCUAUCCAGAAUAAACCAAGCUUUAACUGCAGAAGAAAUACAGAAAAAAACUGAGCCGAUUGAAAGUAUUACUAAACCGUUAAUAGACCUUAAAAACGUAACCGUCAAUAUUAAUUCUAUUGACGUACUAUCAAAAAUUAAUUUUAAAACGGAUUUUGGAUUGACUAUAAUCACUGGUAGAGUCGGUUCUGGAAAAACUACACUGUUAAAAACUAUUAUGCAUGAAUAUGAGUUAGCUAAUGGGGAAGUUAUAUGUAACGGUACAAUUUCCUAUGCAUCUCAGGAUCCAUGGUGUUUUCCGAGUACCAUAAAACAAAAUAUUUUAUUUGGAGAAGUAUACAAUGAAAAAAGAUAUCAAGAUGUAUUGAGAAUUUGUGCUCUUGAAUAUGAUUUGAAUCUCUUCGAAAAAGGGGAUGAAACCAUAGUUAACGAUAAGGGUCAAAACUUAAGCAAAGGUCAACAAGCUAGAAUCAAUUUGGCGAGAGCUAUAUAUAAGAAAAGUGAUAUUUACCUAUUGGAUGACUGCCUAUCAGCUUUAGACCCUCAUGUUCAUCAUUUCAUAUUCGUUGAAUGUAUAAAAAAAUUUCUAAAAGGAAAACUAUGUAUACUAAUUACUCAAAUGAAUUCGAAUUCGCAUGAGGCAGAUAAAGUAUUUGUGAUGAGCAAAGGACGAAUCAUAUAUUCUAAUAAUCCUAAACAGAAAAUAGUGAGGGAAGAUACAAGCUCAAAAGAGGUAGAGCUUAAAAAGAGAGAUGAUUUGGGAUCGGUGGAAAGUAAUGAAUUUAUUGAAACAAAACAAACGAUAUCUAAAGAUAUAUACGAAGAAGAACUGAAAAAAGGAGCAGUUGAUAGAAUAGUUUAUAGAAAAUAUAUCGCCUUUGGUGGUGGUAUACUUUUACUGAUGAUAGUUUUAUUUUUUGCUGCAUUUCAACAAGCUGCUGAAAGCUAUUCUCAGAAGUUGAUAUCUAUUUGGAGCGACGAAAAACAAAGUAUUUUUAAUAUUAAAGCCAACAUAACAAAAGAAAACUUUAACAAAUCGAUAGAAUCUGAAUUGGAAAUCGCUGAAGCUCAAGCAUCUUCUACUUUUAAAACGUAUACUAUUAUGCUAGUUACUGCUGUUUUCAUGCAAUUGAUUAAAACUUACACAUUUCUAAAUUUUUGUAGAAGAGCUUCCAUAAAAAUCCAUAAAGUUAUGAUACGCAAUGUAAUUUAUGCUGUUAUGAGUUUUCUCGAUACACAUUUUAUAGGAAACAUCCUUAAUAGAUUUUCUCAAGAUAUUAUCAAUGUUGAUGAGAAUUUGCCGUAUCAACUAUUGGCAUUUUUAGAGACUAUUAUUUAUGUUGGAGCAACCGUAUUCUUAAUAGUAUCAGUAAAUUCCUACUUUAUCAUAUAUGUACUUAUAACUUUUGCUGUUUUGGUGUCUUCGUUGAAAUUCUACCUUCCAGUAGCAAGAAAUUUACAAAGGCUUGAAGCUUCUACACGAAGUCCCAUGAUAGGUUGCCUCAAUGCUGCUCUGGAAGGAUUGACCACUAUACGAGCGCAAAAAGCGGAGCAAACUGUUAUCCAAGAAUUUGAAAAACAUCAAAAUGUUUUUACGUCGGCUCACUACAGUAAUCUUUGUUUUCAAUUUGCAUUCGGAUUCUUUACAAGCAUUCUUGCUUUCAUAAUGGUACUUGCUGUUGUCUAUACUUUCGUUAUGUUUGAUACAGGGACAUCAGCUGGUAGUAUUGGUCUCGCCUUGACCCAAGUCCUAUAUUUAGGAAGUAUUGUACAAGAAUCAGUAAAAUCAUGGGCAGAUCUAGAAAACUUAAUGACAGCUACUGAAAGAGUCUUGGAAUAUACCGAAUUAAAAACGGAAACAAAUCAAGGGAUUAAAAAGAAGCAAUGGCCAAAUGAUGGAAUUAUUGUCUACGAAAAAGUAUCAUUAUCUUAUGUCAAUAACAGAGUUAUUUUAAAUGACUUAAAUUUCAAAAUAGAUCGUAAGCAAAAAAUUGGAAUAGUCGGUAGGACUGGUGCAGGAAAAUCUUCUAUAAUAUCAACAAUUUUUAGACUAUACGAAGUAGAAGGAACAAUAAGAAUCGAUGGAGUAGAUAUCAAGACAUUAUCAUUAGAAUAUCUCAGGAAGAAUCUAGCUUUAGUUCCUCAAGAUCCAGUUUUAUUUUCAGGAACCGUUAGAUCUAAUCUGGAUCCUAUUGGCGUUCACCAAGAUGAAGAUAUAUGGAUGGCUGUCAACAAAGUUAACUUGAAUGGUUUGAUAACAAGUUUGGAUUCCGAAAUACAAAAUCCGUGUAGUUUCAGCUUGGGACAGAAGCAAAUGAUAUGGCUGGCAAGAGCUAUCUUGAGCAAAGCUAAGAUUGUCAUUUUAGAUGAAGUUACAGCUAAUAUAGAUUGCGAAACAGAUCUUUUUAUUCAAGAUAGUAUAAAAAAUAAUUUUUCUGAUUGUACUGUGUUGAUUAUAGCACAUAAGUUACAAUCUAUAUUAAACUGUGACUACGUAAUGGUACUUGAUCGUGGAGAAAUUAAAGAAUUUGACAAACCUAGAAUAUUGUUGGAAAACAAUGUUAGUAUUUUCAGUCAAAUGGUUCAACAAGAUAAUAUUUAGCGAAAUUAUUGUAUAUUUAUUUUGGGAUCCAUAAA